GCGACGCAAUAUGUUUCGGUAAUCAGAAUUUCAACAUAGCACAGUUUCUUGCUUUUCAUCUCUAAGUUAAACUAUCAUAUUGUUUGACUAAUUUAAUAUAAUAUAGAAAUGGCAUCAACAGAAGAAAGUUGGAAGGAAGCAACUGAAGGUUUAGACAGUGAUGUCUGUGAUACAUGGUUGGCAAAAUUACAGGAGGCUUAUUCAGAGGAAAAACGUACCUACAAUAAUUUAGGUUCUCUUUGUGAUAAAUUGAACUGUUACUAUGAGAUUAAAGAUAACUUAAAGAAUCCUCAAGCUGUGCUUCUUGCCUUAUUUUUUCAAAACUUUGAAUAUGAUCCCAAAGCUUUAGAUGGAGGAAUUAAAAAUUUGGAACAUUUUAAUGAUGCAAAACUGAGAACAUGUGAACUUUUGAAAGUAGCUGCAACACAUAGUACUGAUGCACAUAAAAUUGGUGGUGCCUUUGGUGAUGAAGAUGCUCAUUACUUUUUAGAUUUGGACAUGGCUGUGUUAGGUUCUUCUCCAGAAACUUAUGCAGAAUACAGAGAAAGAAUACGUGGAGAGUACUCUUUCCUUAGUGAGCCAAUGUAUACUGCAUUGCGUUUAAAGGUGCUGCAAGACUUUGUGCAAAUUCCAAAUAUUUUUGCCACAAAAGAAUUUCGUGAAAAAUAUGAAGAGCAAGCACGACAAAAUAUUCAAGCUGAGGUUGAAUUGUUGUCUUAGAAUAAUUAAUGAAUUUUAUGCAUGAAAAGAAGU